AUGGCCUCAAGGCAGUGCAUAAGCUUAUGGACCUCCUUCGCUUCAAAUCUCACCUCUUGGGCAACCUCAGGACCUCGCUUCUGGGGCGCUGCUGCAGCAUGCCUGUUCGUACUCUGGGUCAUCUAUAGUAUCAUCUACGCAUUCUACCUCUCUCCCCUGCGCCGCUUUCCCGGCCCAAAGCUAUGGGCCAUAUCUCGCGUCCCAUCGAAUGUCUCCGUCCUCCGUGGCCACAACCACCUGGACAUACUGGCACUGCACAAGAAGUACGGGCCUAUCCUGCGUAUCGGUCCCAAUGAGCUGGCAUUCAACACUCCCCGGGCCUUUCGUGAUAUCUACGGUGCCAGAGCUGGUAGCUGUUUCCCCAAGGACCGCAGUCACUAUGAGCCGCCCGCGAAUGGGGUCGACCAUUUAGUUUGUGCGGUCGAUAAUGCAACUCACUCCAGACAGAGACGGCUGCUAUCACAUGCCUUCUCGGAGAAGGCACUGAGGGACCAAGAAGCUCUCAUCAGAGGCUAUGUUGAUACCUUGAUUAGCAAGCUGCGGUCUGGAAUUCGGCAGGGAACCUCGGUCGUUGAUCUCAAGAGUUGGAUGAACUUCACCACUUUUGAUAUCACCGGUGAUCUAAUGUUCGGCGAGUCAUUUGGCUGUCUAAAGGAUGCCCAGUUGCACCCAUGGAUAUGUUUGAUUUUCAAGUCCAUGAAGGCUCUUGCAUUCAUCGGGGUUGUGAAUCAGUUUCCCUUGCUCAAAAGGCUUCUGCAGUACCUAGUUCCACGCGAAGUCGAGCGCGUCGGUCGUGAACAUUUCGAUCUGAGCGCGCAAAAGGUCGAUCAGCGUUUGGAAGCUAACAUGACUCGCCCGGACUUUAUGUCGGCUAUUCUCCAGAAUGGACUUAGUGAAGAAAAGGGCCAGUACCGCGAGAGCAAGCGUAUCAUGUCUAGGGCUGAGAUCCAUUCUAAUGGCUUCAUUCUUAUCGUGGCUGGUAGCGAAACAUCCGCAACCCUACUCUCCGGCUGCAUCUACUACCUCUGUACCACGCCGCACGUCAUGGCUCAACUUGCCACCGAAAUCCGCUCGGCGUUCACACAAGAUAGUGAUAUGACAUUCCGUGCUGUGGAACAGCUGAAGUUCCUGACUGCCGUCAUCAAUGAAUCGCUUCGUAUCUAUCCCCCCUUCGUGACGAGUCUUUCGCGCGUUGUACCACCGGGAGGGGCUGUCGUGGACGGUCAUUUCGUUCCACAGGAUACAAUCGUAGCAUGUCAUCACUACGCCUCCUACCAUUCGGAAUCGAACUUCGCCUUACCGGAUAAUUUUAUACCGGAGCGCUGGCUAGGCUCUGACCCACUCUUCGAGCAUGACAAGAAGGAUGUUUUGCAGCCAUUUAGCCUCGGGCCGCGCGUCUGUCUUGGAAAGCAUCUAGCAAACUGUGAGAUCCGUCUCAUUCUUUGCAAACUCCUCUUCCACUUCGACUUGACCUUACGCCCGGAGAGCAUGGAUUGGCCCAAUCAGGAAGUCUAUUUCCUUUGGGAUAAACCUGCUCUCAUGGUCGCUCUAAAGGACCGGUUUCCUGAGUUGGGAGUUUCGGGCUCUCAGCGGCUGACGACUUUGUUCUCGUGA